GUUGUUAUUUUAUUUUUUCUAACCAACUUUGAUGCUAGAUAUUGCGUUCGAUCUACUCCACCAGUUUCCAGAGUUAGAAGAUCGCGGUUGUCGUUUGGGACUCAUUUUUACACUGGCUCAAACACCACCCCCAUUCUUUAGCAAAAGUGACCUUUCGUUUUGGGAACGGUGCUUAUAUAAUUGUCAGUAGUGCUUCUUUUUUUUCUUUUUAAUUUUUAACAUAAUAAUUUUUUCUUUUAAUAUAUUUAAAAUUAUUUGGCUAGAAACAAAUUUAAUAUUAAAUUCCUCACAACCCUCGUAACCUAUUUGGGUUUAUUUUAUUUUUCCAUCUUUCUUUCUUUCUUUCCUUUUUUUUUUUUUUUUUAUCAGUUUGUUCUUCUUGAUUAAUUUAAUCUAUUAAAUGCUCUCUUUAUCGAUUGAAAUUGUAAUUCAAGGCAUAAUAGUGAAGGCCCACGUCAUCAAAGAAGAUAAGCAUCCAUCAUGUGUAGAGAAGAUGCGAGACUUUUUCCAGCCAUUUAUGCAGGAGAUCCAACAAUGGGUUAAGCCAUUUGCAGAGACGACGCAACAGAUGAUGCGACAGAUUCUAGACAGUGCGCAACGGCCGAUUCAAGAAAAUGAAGAGACGAAUCAAGAGAAUCAACCGACGAUUCAAGGGACUGAAGAGACGAAUCUAGAGAAUCAACAGACGAAUCAAGAAACGAAUGGAGAUAUUCAAGAAUUAUCAUUUAUACGCAAAUGCGUGAUUCCAUUAGAACUAGUGGCAUUCCUCAUUAUUGGGUUACCACUUGCGAUAUCACUUCAUUUAAUUGGGUAUGCAGUCCUAAGCACGCUUGAAAUGCCACUGCUCCUUGGUAUACUGAUCCGUGUGGCUCUACGCCCACUGGUUUCAAUGCUCUCAAGGAUUCUUGCAAAGAAUAUAUACACUGGAAAGUUGAUGGAUAAGUAUGCCUGUGAGGUUAUAUCUUUAAUAUGUCAGCCAUUAUCAAAAUUAGAUGAGGACCUUUUUGUGCAAAGUAGAGCAGUGGACGCAAUCUUCCAGGCUAUCAAGAAUGACAUCCCAGUCAUUGUGAAAGAAAUUACAAAAGCUAAUAAAAGUAUUUUGUGGAGAAGGUUAAAUCUUGAAGAUUCAAGAAACAUGUUUGCUUGGGCUGUAGCACAUCGUCAAAAGGAGGUGGCACGCCUUCUUUAUGAAUUUGCAAAGGAGGAUACAAACAUGGUUAUUAACGUCGAUGAAGACUGGAAUAAUAUCUUACAUCAAGCAGCAAAGUUAGCCCCUCCUUAUCAAUUACGUUGUAUCUCUGGCUCAGCCUUGCAGUUGCAAAGUGAACUACGUUGGUACAGGGGGGUAGAAGAAAUUGUUCCACGAUCUUACCGUGAACACAAAAACAAAGACGGGGAAACUCCUCUGGAAGUGUUUGAUAGAGAACACAAGGAUUUGCUAAAAGAAGCAGAGGAAUGGGGGAAGAAAACAGCAGAAUCUUCAACAGUCGUUGGUGCUCUUAUUAUUACAAUUAUGUUUGCAGUGGCUUUUACUGUUCCUGGUGGGAAUGAUCAAAGUACAGGUUUUCCCAUACUUAUGCACAAAACUCCGAUACCGUUUAUGGUAUUUAUGGUCUCAGAUGCACUUUCUCUUUUUGCUGCAUCCAGUUCAGUGAUAAUAUUUUUGGGGAUUCUGACUGCACAUCAUGCUGCUGAAGAUUACCGCAAAUACUCCCUCGUGAUUUGGGGCCUAACUUUUCUCUUCAUCUCUAUUGCAUCAAUGACCGUUGCAUUUUGUGCUGCUCUUUUCAUCAUGCUACAAGGUCGAUUGGUUGUAGUCAUUCCUAUAACUCUGGUUGCUGGUUUUCCAAUCGCGUGGUUCGUGCAGUUGCAAUUCCCUCUUCUGGUUGAUAUUUUUUGUUUGACUCUUAGGCCAAACAUUUUUGGUAGGAGAGAAACAUCCUGGAUGGACAGAAUGAUGGCAGACAUGCUCGAUUUGUGGACGUGGGCUUAUAGGCGCUUUAAAAAAUUGCUUUGAAUAAAUGAUUGUAGUCAUGGAUAUCUACCUAUGCUUUGACUGUUGGUUAUGGUUGGUUGAUUGAUUAUACUUAUGUAUUUGCUUCGGAUGUGAUAAACAUUUGGUGGAUAU